AUGAGUCUCGAAGUCGGCAGCUUGCCCUCGCCAACAGGGCCUUGGAGCCCGACCCACAACACUCAAAGCCCCUCCUUCGACCCUGCCAAAACUGUCCAGACAUCGCUUAGCAGACAGCAGCCGUCCGUGUCAUCACGAUUCAGAGACCUAGUGAAGUUCUUGUCAUCCGUCUCUGGAGACCUCUCCAAUGUCACCGCGCCACCAUUCUUUCUAGCCCCGUCUUCCGUGGUGGAAGUCGGCCACUGUUGGAGCCAACGGCCCGGCGUCUUCGCUGCGCCGGCGCUGGAACCUGACUCGGCGAAACGAAGUCUGUUGGUCUUGCGCAUGAUCCUGAUUGCGAUGCGCAGCCAGUUCUACGUUGCCGGGUCGCCCAGUGUCAGCAUCAAGAAGCCCCUGAAUGCCUUCCUGGGCGAACUGUUCCUUGCCUCUUGGACACAAGUCCCAAAGGGGAAGAGCAAGAGCAAAGGCAAGGAGAAGGGCAUCAAACUCGGGAUGGACAGCGGAGACGGAAAGCCAGCUACGACACGGCUUGUGGCCGAGCAGGUCUCGCAUCACCCUCCGAUCACAGCCAUGGCAAUCAUCGACGACGAGCACGGCAUCCGAGCAGACGGCUACGCCCGCGUCGAGAUGACCUUCAGCAGCAGCGUGGACAUCCGGCAGAUCGGCCACGCCAUUGUCCAUAUCGACGAGUACGAUGAGGACUAUCUCAUCCCGCUGCCAGACGUCAAGGUCCGAGGUUUCCUGUCCGGCAGAUUAUACCCCGAGGUGCUUGGCACAUACACAAUCGUGUCUAGCUCGGGCUACGUCAGCGAGAUCAACUUCUCCGGCGCCGGUGUGUUCCGGGGCAAGAAGAACACAUUCGAGGCCAAGAUGUACCGCAAGGACGACCCGAAGAAGACGCCACUCUAUGAGGUCGCUGGCCAGUGGAGCGAGGGCUGGACGGUCAAGGACAGCAAGACCGGCGACGUCCUCGAAAAGUACGACGUCGACGCCGUCGAGAACAGGCCUGCGCCAAUGGACAUGGAGCCGCUCGAGAAGCAGGACCCGUGGGAGUCAAGGAAGGCCUGGGGAGGCGUCAUCGAUGCGCUCGACAGGGGUGACUUCCGGGACACGGUCACGGAGAAGUCCAAACUCGAGCAGGCGCAGAGACGCCUGAGGGCCGAGGAGAAGACCAACGGGGAGACCUGGGAGCCUCUGCUGUUCAGCAGCAAGGAGGGGGCUGAUCAUGAGGUCUUCCACCGGCUGGCCAAAGGGACAAGCUGGGAGAAACAUCUGUCCGAUGAGAAGACGAAGGGCGUAUGGAGGGUCAAAGAUGAUGAGAAAGCAAAGACGGCGCAAAGACCAUUUAGAGGGGAACUUACACCUCUUGGCUAG